UGCGAACGUGAUCCUGACCGAGAUUUCUUGAUUAUUGUUGUUACGUUUUUUAAAUUUACGAAUUAAUUGUGAUUAUGGUUUAAUUAACUGUUUUAUUUUAUUUGUUUUAUUAAUUGUAGCAUCGUGGAAGUGUACAAGAAUUGGUAUCAUCAAAAAUCAUAUUCAUUAGAUUUAAGGAUUAACAUAAUUUGAAAUCAUGUUCUAUUCGGAUUUUGUACUAUCGAAGAAAGGGCCGUUAGCCAGGAUUUGGCUAGCAGCCCAUUGGGAUAAAAAACUGACCAAAGCUCAAAUUUUUGAAACAAAUAUCGAAUCAUCUAUCGAAAGAAUCUUGAGACCAAAGGUCAAGCUAGCGUUAAGAACGUCUGGACAUUUGAUGUUGGGCGUUGUUCGGAUCUAUUCUAGAAAAACCAAGUAUCUGUUAGCCGAUUGUAAUGAAGCCUUCGUCAAAAUCAAGAUGGCAUUCCGGCCUGGUAUGGUGGAUUUGCCGGAAGAUCACAGGGAAGCAGCCGUUAACGCUGUUACGUUACCGGAAGUGUUCCACGAUUUCGAUUCGGCUAUGCCAGAUCUAAAUGAUGUGGAUAUCGAAGCUCAGUUCACAUUGAAUCAAUCACGAGCUGAUGAAAUUACUAUGCGAGAAGAUUACGGUACCGUAGCUCCCAUAUCGACUGAAGACGGUUUCGGCAAUGAUUUCGAUCCAUCUAUACGUGAAUCGAUGGGUGUUGGAUUUGAACAAUCGUUGCAACAUGAAAGCUUAUUCGGUGAAAGUAUAGGCGACAUGGUUAAGCAUAAGGGAGGUCCGUCUACAUUAGAUGUCGAAGUAGCUUUAGGAGGUGCUGUACCGAUGGACAUAGAUAUUACAAUUUCGCAUAAAGAUGCAUACGACGUAGCUGGAGGUUUAUUCAGCGGAGGUCUCUUCGAAGAUACGCCUAUGCCACCUCCUCCAGUUAUUGAUAAUUCGUUACAGAGUCACGAUGCCUUACACGCUGAUGGAGCGAUACCUUCGACGUCGAAACAUUCACCAUUUGGCUCGCCGAUGAUACAACGAAAUGAUGGACCAGGUCCAUCUUCGUUGCGCAUCAAUGAUGAUGAUGAUUUCGAUGACGAUCGUUUUAUGGCUAGUCCCCCUGGUGGCAGCUCUGACGGAUCUCGACCACCUUCGCCGAUUCCCGCCGCGCAGCCACUAGACGGAGGCGUUCCAGGAGCUGAACUAGAUAAGCCAGCUACUGUCGAUGACCAAUUACUUGGCUCAGCUGAAGGAGCCCAGGCAGUACCUACUUCUAUUGAAUCUCAAAUCGCACAGGAAGCGGAACAAGAUAAAGAAACUGAACAAAAUGAAAAUAAUCAAAACGCCGAACAAACAACUUUACUACAAAACGAAGAAGAAAGUUUUGCUUUAGCUCCGGUCGACGCAUCUGCUUUGAGAGGAUUACCUAAGACUAAAAGAAAACGUAAACUUAUCGUCGACGAAGUUAAAAAUAUAUCGGGAGAAGAAAUGAAAGCACAGCUGAGCGAUACUAGUGAUAUUGUGAUCACUUUGGAUCUCGCUCCGCCUACCAAAAGACUAAUGCACUGGAAAGAAACCGGUGGCGUUGAAAAACUGUUCGCUUUGCCUGGAAAAGGCAUCCCUUCUACUACCUUAUUCAAGAAUUAUCAACGACAUCUGACAUCUCGAGCUGCACCCAACGAUGAACCAGAAGAUCACGCUGUUCCUGAAGCUAAUCAAGAAACCGAUGGAAUGGCACCCCCACUUCAACCGGCUCAAACUAAUCGUCGUGGAAGGAAACGUAAACAACCUGUCACCGAUGAAGAACCAGUUGCUCCAAUCGAUCCGCUCACAGCUCAAGAAAUAAAUAAAAAAUCAAAAAUGUCUCCGGUACCGAACGAAGGUGCUCCUGAUCUCGAUCAAUCAAUCCGUUUACCUACGAUCACCGAAGAAUCACUGAAUGAAGAAAUGCCACCUCCUUCGGUCACAUUACCAGGACAAAUGGAGAACAUGAUCGGAGCUGGUGAAAUACCAGAAGUGCCUCAUCAAAUGCAGGAUCCUAUGUUACCUGCACCUCCAGCGUAUCCCGGAACACCCCAACCGUAUUCCGAUUUACAGUCUCAGUUGCCAGAUAUUCCUCAAUUUCCCGAAACGCCGCAGCAACAGUUGGAUAAUAUAUUACCACCUUUGUCCGUUCCACCGCCCUUAUCUGAGCAUGAUAUCUCAAACGCACCUCUCGAGAAUGAUGCUUCAAUUAAUAAUCACCCGGGAAUGGAGAAUAUGGGAUACGAUGAAAGAGAAGAUUUACAAAAUCAGAUGCAGAAUGCGAAUCUGUUUCCAUUUAAUAACGAUGAUAACGAACAUGCUCCUAUUACUCCUGGUUUGAAUGCUGCUGGUGGAGCUACUCCUUGGCAUGAUAAUGCUGCUGGUGGAGCUACUCCAUGGCAUGAAACCGAUUAUGAUAAUCCUGCUUCGAUCGGUCCAAUGGAAGAACGUGGUGUUGACGAAACAGUCGAACAAUUCGAAGAAAGGUUACUAAACAAACGAGCCGGACAUUUGUACAGUACGAUUAGAAUGAGAAUUUCAACUGGUGUAAACACCUCGUUUAAUGAUUUAAUCGUAGCCAAUCCUAAAAAACAAGUCGCGCAAAAGUUUUACUCUUUAUUGGUUUUGAAAAAACACAGGGUUUUAGAAUUGAUGCAGAACGAACCGUACGGAAAUAUAUUGUUGACCCAAGGACCAAAUUUCGACGAUCCAAAGUUAUGAUAGGUUAGAUUAGUGGUAAAUUAGGAAAAAAAUAUGAUUUUAAGUCAGCCAAACUUUUUUCUUAUCGAUUAUUGUUGUUCUUUUUUUUGAUACAUCUAUCGAAACUUGUAUAGUUUUCUUAUAUUUUAAUACUCAAGCAAGUUAUAGUAAGUUGUUAAUUUUCCAUCGCUGGACGAUUGUGAAAUGUACCAGGAUCUUUGUUGGGUCGCGAGCUCGUCAGUUUUCCUCUUUCAUUUUAAUAAGUUUAAACUUCUGAUACACAUUUCUAUUUUAGUUAGUCAAACAGUCAUUGUUUUUGAUCUAUUUAUAUCGUGUUUCAUUUUCGAUUAAUUUAAUUAAGCGUUGAAACAUGUCACUGUUAUGUAAAUGAUUGUGGAUUUUACCUUCGACUGUAAAUAUAAAUUUUUAAGUUUUAAAUCAUGUUUUGAAUGUUUAUUGAAAUGGUAUCUUUGUUGGAAAUUAGGAAUCGUGAGAAAAUAUAUAAUUAUUAUGAUUUGA